CCCAUUGGCCACGCCCCAGGACGGCCACGCCCCUGUUGCUCAGGUCUCACUCCCACCCCAGCUCACUCCAGCCUGUCCAGAAGGGACGCAGCACAGCGGCUGUCUGCCGGCCCCCAGCCCUUGCCCCGCGCCCAUGGCCGCGUGGAGACCCCGCGCCUUGCGUGCUGCGCUCUGUGGAGGCUGCUGCUGCCUCCUCCUGUGUGCCCAGCUCGCGGAAGCUGGUAAUGCGCGGCAGAAACUGGGUAAAGGAGCUCGAGGCUUUGGGCGGGGAGCUUUGAUCCGCCUGAACAUCUGGCCUGCUGUCCAAGGGGGCUGCAAACAACUGGAGCCCUGUGAGCGAUGUGUGGAGGGGGACAGAGCACACAACCGCUCAGACUGCGUGUGGCAGCAGUGUCAGCCAGAGGAGCCAGGACAUUGUGUGGCCCAUGCUGAGGCGGCCAAGGAGGGUUGCUCUAUCUACAACCGCUCAGAGUCCUGUCCUGCUGCCCACCACCACCCCACCUAUGAACCAAAGACAAUCACAACAGGGAACCCCACAGUUCCUGAAACCCACAGCCCUGGAUUCGAUGGGGCCAGCUUCCUCGGGGGUGUUGUGCUCGUGCUGAGUCUGCAGGCAGUGGCCUUCUUUGUGCUGCGCUUCCUCAAGGCCAAGGACAGCACUUACCAGACACUUAUCUGACUCCCUUGGGCCUGGACUCCACACUGAGGGGAAGGAGGAGGACGCAGAGGCCGCCCUUCUGGCCACCUUCUGGGCACUAGGGUGGGAGAAACUUUGGCCCUCCCUUUCCGGCCCCUUUGGCCAUCAAGUGGGCUCAGUGCCUGAUGCCUGACGUCCCCUCCUCCUGGGCCUGGCACCUGCAGCAGAGAGCAUCCCUCAACCAUGUCGUGCCUCACCCGUGGACCCUGCUGGGCAUCCUGUCUGAUGCCUGGGGUCUGUACUGCCUCUUCCCACAACCUCGCCAGGCUCUGCCCCCAAAUAAAGGAACUCUCUAUCCAGCGUUUCACUUCC